AUGGGACUGGACCUGCUGAAGCAGUUGGACGUAAACCUGCACCCCGCGAGUGGGGCAAUCGAUCAGCUGGCGGUCACUGGGAGCGCAGAAGUCCCGGAACCGCCACCGUCUCAGCCCGACCCUGGCGAGAUAUGCUCACUGACGACAGUCCGUGGCUACCAGCACAGGAUUGUUCUCCGUCCUGAUGCUGUACCGGUGCGUCACAAGCUCCGCCGACUCCCGUAUGCUGUUCGUGAAGAGGUCAGCCGCGAGCUGGACCGACUCCAGGAGGAAGGAGUCAUCGAACCGGUCGAAGUCAGCGACUGGGUUCACCCGAUGGUCGUCAGCAGGAAAAGGAACGGGAAGCUGCGCAUCUGCGUGGAUCUCAGGGACCUGAAUCGACAGGUCAUCGCCGAAGUUCACCCCCUGCCGACGGCAGAGGAGCUCCAAGACCAGCUGAAGGGCAACAUCUUCACAGUUAUCGACCUGCAGAGCGCAUACCAUCAGCUGGAGCUGGAGCCUGCUUCCCGUCAGCUCACCACGUUCCUGACUCACCGAGGCCUACGACGGUUCACGAGGGUUCCGUUUGGUCUGGUCUCGGCAGGAUCUGCGUUCCAGAGAUUGCUGGACAACCUGCUGGACGGCAUCCCGGGAUGUGUUCACUACAUGGACGACGUCGCGGUCGUGGGAGUGUCACAGGAAGAACACGACGACCGUCUUCGGCGCGUCAUGGCCCGACUGAAGGAGGCCAACUUGACAGUCAACAGAGAGAAGUCUGUGUUCAGCAAAGCAGCUGUCGACUUCUGUGGCUUCACGCUGUCUGCGUCGGGAGUCACACCACUGCAGUCACAGAUCAAGGCCGUGACUGACGCACCACCGCCGGAGAACGCCAAGGAGCUGAAGUCGUUCCUGGGGAUGUGUGGAUGGUUUCUCAGGUUCGUCCCUGGGUACGCCGAGACCGUCCAUCCACUGUACCGGCUGCUGAAGAAGGGCACCAAGUUCGUCUGGGACGACACAGCGAACCGAGCUUUCAACGAGGUCAAGCUGAAGAUAGCUGCAAGCCCGACGCUGAAGCCGUUCGACCAGAGCCUGCCUACAUUCGUCACGUCCGACGGCAGCGGCAAGGGCGCUGGAGCUGUACUCACGCAGCUGAGCGCCGAUGGAGAAGAAAACGCCGUAGCGUUCUGGUCUCGGGCGUUCACCCCUACCGAGCAGCGCUACUCAGUGUCUGAGCUGGAAGCACUGAGCGCUGUUCUCGCCGUGGAACACUGGAAACUGUAUCUGUGGGGACGUCCGUUCACUCUCCGCACAGAUCAUUCGGCGCUGCAGACACUGCUCUCGCCCAGCUUCUCGGGGAGAGCGGGCGCGAGGAUCGCGCGCUGGCAGGCACGCCUGCUGCCGUAUGCGUACACAGUCCAGUACGUGCCUGGCCGGAACCUAACUCCUGCAGCAGACGCCCUCUCCAGGAUGCCAGUUCCUGCCGAAGAAGCGGACCUGCAUGAAGACAGCUCCGCUGAAGAAGAGGUGAUCGCUCUUCUGACAGAUGAAGAGAGCGUGCUGACCGAGCAAGACGUCCGCACCGCAUACCUGGAGCUGGCGCACAGCGCGCACGACGGAAUCGUCCGCAUGAAACAGGCGCUGCGGAAUCUGGCGUGGUGGCCCGGCAUCAACCGUGAGGUGGAGGAGCUGUGCCGAAGUUGCGAGCGCUGCCAGCACAGCGACGCAGUCCUCUCCCAGCGCGCACGCCCUGCGCCCAUGCAGCCAGUCGACCUGCCGGACCGCGCCUGGUCGAAACUGGGAAUGGAUAUCGUUGGUCCAAUCAACGGAGCACCAGCGACUGCCCGUUACGCCAUCACUCUGAUUGACUACAGAAGGAAAUGGGCGGAAGUCUGCCUGACGUCAUCGACUGAGACUGAAGACGUCAUCAAGUUCUUGUCAACUGUGUGGGCCAAAGAGGGCUAUCCCGACGAGAUCGUGACGGACAAUGGGCCCCAGUUCACGAGCAGGGAGUUCACUGCGUAUCUGGCCGCCCGAGGGGUGAAGCACACCAAAUCGUCCGUCUACUGGCCUAGAGGCAACUCCGCCGUAGAGCGCUUCAACAAAACGUUCAAGUCGUGGAUCACAGACUGUCCACCAGCAGCGUUCAUUGACGAGGUGCGCAAGAGCCUGGCGGUGUAUCGAGCCACCCCACACACGACAACUGGGAAGUCACCGUCAGAGCUCCUGCAUGGACGACAGAUGAGGCUGAACCUGCCUGUCAUUCAGCCGUCAACACCAGGAGCCGACAGUGUGGCGUCUCGAGUUCGACGCCGACAGCAGUCCAACAAGAGGUCCUACGACCGCCGCCGUGGCGUGACGACGCCGCGCAUCACUGAGGGCGACUACGUCUGCGUGAGACGGCAGGGACACCGCUCGAAGACGUCCUGUCGGUUCACGUCUCCGGUGCGAGUCACUGGGCGCGUCGGUCCCGCAACGUACCGUCUGGCUGACGGCCGGACCUGGAACGCCGCCCAUCUGGCCCGUCUCCCAUACGCGCCGGCGUCUCCCUCCGCAUCUCCCCCCGCUGGGCCCGGCGAGACCACGUCGACCGCCACGACUUCCGAGGCCGACACGCUGGCACGCUGA